AUGGCAUCUCGCGGAGGUUCAAAGUCAGCUGCAAAGCCUUCGAAACGCGGAGGGGCAUCAGGAUCCAAAGGUUUACCUCGAAAAAGUAUCGCAGCAGGAGCUUGUCCUUCCAAAGCAUUGACUUCGAAGAAAAACGUUGAAAGUGACAGCGAUGAGUCCACAGACGUUAUGUCAUCAUCCGAAGACGAAGAUCGCUGGAAGGAAGGUACGAAACACACCGAAGUCUCUGCCGAUUAUUGGACCAUCCAGAAACUCGUGAAAUACAUGAAGGCGGGAAAUCAAACGGCAACCAUUGUGGCGUUGUGUUGCCUGAAAGAGUACGACUUGACGACGCAAAUGAAUCAACUUGCGAUUCAAGAUAUUGGCGGAUUGGAAGUUCUCGUAAACUUGUUGGAGAGCAAUGAUUUUAAAUGUCGUUUGGGAGCGUUAUCAGUACUUUCUGAGAUCUCUUUGAACAUGGAUAUCCGGAAAACGAUUGUAGAUUUGGGCGGAAUUCCGUUACUUGUGAAGAUUUUGUCUGAACCAGCGGGAAAUUUGAAGGUUAUGGCAGCGGAAACGUUGGCAAAUGUAGCAAAAGUUCGUUUAGCGCGAAAGCUUGUGAGACGCUGCGGAGGUAUUCCGCGUUUAGUCGAUUUGUUGGAUAUCAGUUUGCAUGCCCUUCAAACAUCCCGUGACGAACUUGCGAUCGAAGAAAAGGAGUUACUUGACAUGGCAAAGGCUGGCGCUCGAGCUCUUUGGUCCCUAUCUGAAUCAAGACAUAACAAGGAACUUAUGCGCAAAAGCGGAAUUGUACCUUUGAUGGGUCGUUUACUGAAAAGUGUUCAUAUUGAGCUUGUUGUUCCAAUAAUGGGAACAAUUCAACAAUGUGCUUCUCAAAGUAGCUACCAAUUAGCUAUUACGACAGAAAAUAUGAUUCUUGAUAUCGUUACUCACCUCACUUCGGAUAAUUUGGAUCUCAAAAUGCAAUGUAGCUCUGCGAUUUUUAAGUGUGCUUCGGAUAAGACGGCUCGAGAUUUAGUUCGUGAAGCCGGAGGACUUGAUCCCUUAGUUCAAAUAGCAAAAGACAAGUCUAUUCGUGACAACAAACCUUUGUUAGCUGCAGCUACAGGCGCUUUAUGGCAAUGUGCAUAUUCGGAAGCCAACAUUAAAAAGUUAGAUCAACUAAAGGCGAUUCAUGUUUUUGUUUCGUUACUCAACGACGAAAACGAUGAUGUUCUCACAAAUGUCGUCGGAGCCAUCGCUGAAUGUGUUAAAUUCCAAAAUAAUCGUGAAAAUAUCCGUACAACAGGAGGUUUGCCAUUACUUGUAAGUCUCUUAAACGGAACUCAUCCUCCGAUGUUGGAAAAUGUCGCAAAAGCCUUGAAAGAAUGCGCAAUCGAUCCCGAGAGCAUGACGAUGUUAGAAGAGCUCGAUGCGAUCCGUUUAAUUUGGUCUUUGCUCAAAAAUCCUCAUAAACGAGUUCAAGCUUAUGCGGCAUGGGCGCUUUGUCCUUGUAUCGAGCACGCAAAAGAUUCCGGCGAGUUAGUGAGAAGUUUUGUGGGAGCUCUUGAACUUGUUGUCGAUCUGUUGAAAUCACGAGAUACUUUUGUUCUGUCGGCGAUUUGUGCUGCUUUGGCAACUAUCGCAAAAGAUAAAGAAAAUUUGGCGGUUUUGUCAGAUCAUAAGGUUAUCAGUAUGUUGGCAAAUUUGGUUCAUACGACGGAUGAUAUGCUUCGUGAAAAUUUAGCGGCGGCAAUUGCGAGUUGUGCUCCGUAUGGAAAUAAUACUCAAGAGCUCGGAAGGUUGAAAACCGUUACUCCAAUAGUUGGUUAUAUGGUUAGUACAAAUCCGAGAGUUCAUCGAACGACGGCUUUGGCUUUGUGGCGAUUGUCGGAAGAUCCACAGAAUUGUAUCACGAUGCAUCAGAGUGGCGUUGUUCCAUUUUUGCUUGAAACCGUUGGUUCAAAAGACAAAGAGCUUCAAGAAGCUUCCGCAAAUUGCUUGAGAAACAUUCGAGCCUUAGCCCUUCGAGCUGAAGAAUACCAACUUCAACAAGGAUAA